CCUCGAAAGAACGAACAUCGCUGAGUAGCAGAGGCGCUUGGGUUCCACCGAUGGGAAAAGCACCACCUGGUACAGCAAGUCUGUCAGCUGCAAUCUCAACAAGGUUUGGCUCCAACAGUCGUCUCUCUGCCCUGGUGGUUUCGGACAGUACGGAUGAGGCGAAUGGGAACUACAAUGGGGUGGACGAGGAUGGUAGUUCUGUUGAGCCAAGGACCACUAGCACAACAACGCAAAAGAUACAGACGACAACAGAACUACUACAACAGGAUGAAGAUCGCGCACUAGGUACGACUUCGCCUGUGGAUGAU